AUGGAAGAGCAUUUAGUGUCUUGGAGAAAAGGUCCAUGGACUGCUGAAGAAGACCAGUUGCUUAUUGAACAUGUCAAACUGCAUGGCGAAGGAAGAUGGAACUCUGUGGCCAAACUUACAGGGCUAAAAAGGAACGCAAAAAGCUGUAGAUUAAGGUGGGUGAACUAUCUUAGGCCAGACCUAAAGAGAGGCAGAAUUACUCCUCAUGAGGAAACAAUUAUUCUUGAACUACAUGCUCGAUGGGGAAAUAGGUGGUCAACAAUUGCACGAAGUUUACCUGGCAGAACAGAUAACGAGAUCAAGAAUUAUUGGAGAACUCAUUUCAAAAAGAAGGGGGGAAUAAUGAGUUCAGAGGAGUCAGCAAAGCUAAAAACGCGCUUAUUAAAAAGACAAAAAUUUCAACAAGAACAACAAAAACAACUUUUUCUACAAAAAAAUGAAGACAUGAAAAGGGUGCUUUUGUUGCUCGAGGAAAGUGAUAACAAAGUAACUUGGAGUCACCAAGAUAUGGUUAAUAAUGAAAUACCAAGUGUCUUUUACCCUUUGGUGUUUAACAAUUCUCAACAUGUGGUGGAAACCACCAUGAACGAGGAUUUUACUUUGUGGGAUGGCUUGUGGAAUUUGGAGGAUAUUUAUCCUGCCACAACCAAAGGUUGUGUGCAGAAUCUAACGAUGCCCACUCCUAUAUUUUGA